AUGGAUAAAUUCAGUUUUGUCGUCUUUUGCUUACUGUUACACCAAGGCCACCUCCGUGGUCUUCCCGAGGAAGACUCAGUGGUUAGCGUUUACACCAAGGAAGCAGCACCAGGUGUAGACGUCUACCAUCAGAUCGCGAAUAAUAUUGCUGAGAGGAUCACGUCACCAAUAUACAGGUUCCUCGGUUACAAUCGCACUACACCCGCUCCAGAAACGACAACAAAACACAACUGGGACAAAAUAGAAAUCUUAGAAACUCAAAACGCUAAAUCUUUUCCGCCUGUGAACAACGAUAUAGGAGAAAAAGACGUUGAAGAAUUAUCAGAAGAUAUAAACAAGAAAACCGACAGAAAACCAGAGAAAUUUACGCUAUAUUCUAAUUACUUGCCCCUUGGUAAGUUAGAGUUUGAUAGUAAGAAUGAUACUAAAGAUGAUGAUGAUGACUUUGGUUUCGAUGAUGUGGAAAGUGAUGAAGAUAUUAAGCCACGGCAAGGGCCAUUUACAUUCGUUUUGGAGCUGAUGUCCAGUUUGAUCCAGUUAAUUUAUGGUGGGAUUGUGGCGAUAUUCCAGAGGAGACCUGCGCAAACUAGUUAG